GAAGCGUGUUCGUGUAGUCUGAGUAAUCAGUCUGCAUUUCCUUUCGUUUGAACCACCAUUUGGAAAAAUAUUGAAAUUCUUCUAGGAGUCUGUCGGCCGUGCCUUUCCUCUUUCACUCAACACAGCGCAAACAUGAACGAUACCUCUUGUAACAACUUCCAAGCCAGGUUUCUGCCUUUGAUUUAUGGGGUCGAGUUUUGCGUGGCAUUGCUUAGUAACCUGAUUUCCCUGUGGAUUCUGGUGACCAGGCAGAGGAACAACUGGCACAUCGGUGUGGUGCUGUCCUGUAACCUGGUCAUCAGUGACCUGCUCUAUGUCUUCAACCUGCCCCUGCUAAUUGACUACUCCAUCAUAGAGAAGAACUGGCGCUUUGGGGAGGCAGCAUGUAAGAUCGAACGCUUCCUCUUCAACUGCAACCUGUAUGUCAGCAUCUACUUCAUCAUGUGUAUUAGCGUGACUCGUUACUUGGCUGUUGCGCACCCCUUCUUCACCCGGAACAAUGGGAGUCCUGCCAAAGCCAAGGUUGCGAGUGUCGUCGUCUGGAUCUUUGUGAUGGCCAUCUCAUCGCCUGUGCUGAUGUUUGCCUCCAUCUGUCCAGCUCGCAACAAGAAACAUUGUGUACUGACCUCAUAUUGUGCCAGCUUUACUAAGGAUGUUGCCAACUCAAUACUCCAUUAUAAAGUGUUUCUGAUUGUGGUUGGAUGCACUGUUCCCUUCCUGGUCACUUUUGUGUCCUACGGGGGACUGUUGAGGGUGGUGUGGAGGAAUCCCAAUAUAACCUCUGUGGAGAAACGGAAGGUGGGUCUAAUGGUGUUUGCAGUGGUUUUGCUUUAUGCCAUAUCUUUUUUGCCUUAUCACUUCACCUUCAAUAAGAGCUUUAUUGAACAAGAAUAUAUUGAUUGCUGGUCAUACAAGACAUACCAGGUAUCUAAGGGCCUGGUUUCAAUGAACAUGUGCAUCCAUCCACUGCUAUAUGUGGCUGUGAUUGAUGGGGUCAAAAUGGCCUGUUUUGGGGAUCGCUCGGCGGAUGUGGCAAUGAUUAACACCUAAAAAUAAAAGUUGGUUUGCUCUGCUUGUUG